AUGGCGGGUGACUAUGUGUUGGGGUGUGACCCGAAAGAAGAUCCAAGAAGGCCGGGCGAGGCCAAGAGGGUGGAUAUUCUGCCAAGAUCAGUCAGUGUGACUCUGGAACCCGACACAGCCUAUCAUGAUCCAGCACUGUCUAAAAGUCAAAGACGAGUGACUUACAGAUAAUGCCACAAGAAUCUUGCGGCUUCUACCAAAAGAUUUUCUGUUUUACCCUGUGCCCUGGGCUGUAAGGAAUUUACUUCAGGAAGAUAUUACUUUGAAGUGUCGGUUGAGAAUACAACCUCUUGGGAUGUAGGAAUCUGUGUAGAGGAUGUGCCAAGGGGCUUUGACAUGAAGAAGGAGCCUGAGUUUGGAUUCUGGACCAUCAGGAUGUGUGAAGAGGAUGGGCUUGCUGUCCUCACUUGCACCCCUACUCCCCUUCACCUGAGUGAGAAGCCACAGCUCGUGGGAGUUCUUCUAGACUAUGAGGUUGGAGUUGUAUACUUUUACAAUGCAACCAGAGAUUCCCAUAUCUUCACCUUCCCCAAGGCUUCCUUCUGCGAUACCCUGAAGCCUUUUUUUUUUCAAGUUUAUGAAAAUACUUCUUUGUUUCUGCCUGCCAGAAUUAAUCAAGGGAAGAGUGAACUCCAAGUUUCUAGUUUCUGUGAGUUGUCAGCCAUGCUGGAGUCGGCCUCUGAUGAUGCAGCUCUUAAAAGCAACCCCCUCACCUCUACUCCUCUAAGUAACCCCAAUAAAGCUCAGUCAUUUACCAAGUUGGACUUCGGAUGUCCAAGAGGCAAACUAGAAAGACUUGCUGCCAUCCACAUCCAAGAACUUAAAGGCACAAAACAAACCCAGAAGUCAGGAGCCAAGAAAAAGCACGUCAUGGGGACACAGAGAAAAAAGAAGGCGGAAACAGGGACAUUUUCAGAGCCACAGUUCAUACUGAUUCCCUGUGGGCACCAGAGGCAGGAGGACAGUCUAGCUGAUGACUUGGCAGGAACAUCUCAUUAA